UCGGCGCGUGAGCGGCUGCCGCGCGCAGGCCGGUGCGGAGCAGCAGCGGUGCCUCCGGAGCCGCCCCAGAGUCCGCCCGCAGCAACCGCCGCCCCGCCGUCCGCGCCCCCGUCUCGCUCCGCUCCGCUCCGCCGCCGGCUUCUGCCCGGGCCGCCGUGACCUCCGGGGAUGGCGGUGCUGGCCCUGGCCUCGGAGGGACUCGCCAUCUUCGGGCUCAUCCUCUUCGUCGUGCUCUGGCUCAUGCACUUCAUGUCCAUCAUCUACACACGUCUCCACCUCAAUAAGAAAGCCACGGACAAACAGCCAUAUAGCAAACUUCCUGGUGUUUCACUUCUAAAGCCAUUAAAAGGCGUGGAUCCUAACCUGAUCAACAACCUAGAAACUUUCUUUGAGCUGGAUUAUCCUAAAUAUGAAGUACUACUCUGUGUACAAGAUCAUGAUGAUCCAGCUAUUGAUGUGUGCAAAAAGCUCCUUGGCAAAUACCCAAAUGUUGAUGCUAGACUGUUUAUAGGUGGCAAGAAGGUUGGCAUCAACCCCAAGAUUAAUAACUUAAUGCCUGGGUAUGAAGUUGCCAAAUAUGAUCUCAUAUGGAUUUGUGAUAGUGGAAUCAGAGUUACACCAGACACACUGACAGAUAUGGCCAAUCAAAUGACUGAAAAAGUGGGCUUGGUCCAUGGGCUCCCCUAUGUUGCAGACAGACAGGGUUUUGCUGCUACCCUUGAGCAGGUCUAUUUUGGAACCUCGCAUCCAAGGUCAUAUAUUUCAGCCAACUUAACUGGCUUUAAGUGCGUAACAGGAAUGUCAUGCUUGAUGAGGAAGGAUGUCUUGGACCAAGCUGGAGGACUGAUAGCUUUUGCGCAGUAUAUUGCUGAAGAUUACUUUAUGGCCAAAGCUAUAGCUGACCGGGGCUGGAAAUUUGCAAUGGCCACACAAGUUGCAAUGCAAAACUCUGGUUCAUAUUCUAUUUCUCAGUUUCAGUCCAGAAUGAUCAGGUGGGCCAAACUAAGAAUUAAUAUGUUGCCUGCCACAAUAAUUUGUGAGCCAAUCUCAGAGUGCUUUGUUGCCAGUCUAGUUAUUGGAUGGGCAGCUCAUCAUGUGUUUAGAUGGGAUAUAAUGGUAUUUUUCAUGUGUCACUGCUUGGCUUGGUUUAUAUUUGACUACAUUCAACUAAAAGGUGUUCAGGGUGGUGCUCUGUGUUUUUCAAAACUUGAUUAUGCAGUAGCUUGGUUCAUCAGAGAAUCCAUGACAAUUUAUAUUUUCCUAUCUGCUUUGUGGGACCCCACUAUUAGCUGGAGGACAGGGCGCUACAGAUUACGUUGUGGAGGCACUGCAGAAGAAAUUAUUGAUGUAUAGCCACACAUUUAUAGCUGUGAAUGUCAGAAAGUGAAGGGGGAAAGAAAAGUAUUAUAAGUUGUUUAUAUACUUCCAAGAAAAUCUACCUUCAGUAGUUUUAUUACUUGUAUGUUUGGUAUCUGUUCUUCAAUUUAUUUUUGCAUGGCACUUGCAUCUGUGAAAAUACAUCUGUAGUCUUGGCCAAGUGGUACCUUCCUCCUAUGUACAAAUAAAAAUAGGGAGAAUUGGUCCUGAUAUCUGCUUUCUAUUUAAAUGCUCUGCAGUAGACUUUAAAAAAAAUAUCCUCUGGGAUAUGAACAGCUUCUUACUCCUUGGUGUGCUAGGCUAGUGAAUCUAGGGUCACAACUAUUUUCCAGCUGGAUUUCACAGAGGUACAGCUGAUUUUUGUUUUAUCCCACUAAAUUGAGAUACUAAUGGGACCUUGGGAAAGAAGCUCUGAAAUAUUUUAUGCCUACCUCUUGUAGUUGCUGCAGAACAAUAUGAAUAGAAAGACUAAACUGCUUUGCAAAAACAAACUAAAGUAAACCUGUAGUCUUGUGUUUAUAUGUAUAUAGGGAAUAUUUUAAUCAUUGCAGUAACCAAAAGUGGACUGAGUUUGAUAAGAAUGAGUUGGAAGGAUUUACUGGUCAGGCAUGUAUUAUGGGCAUCUUUUGGCCAAGUUUGAUCGUUAAGCACUGUGCUGUAACUAACCAAGGUGAUCCCCUCAGUACUUCCAUCCUUUUUUAAGGGGUGUUUGUUUUUCCUUGUGAGUGAUUGCUUUCAUGGUGGGGGGUGUUAGGUGUGUGUAUGGGACAUAGUAGGGAGCAGAAAUACAUUUCAGAAACAUUUCACACACAUGAGCUACUUUCUUACACAAUGUCUUAAGAAUGUAAUUUCAUGAUGCAGGUAUUUAAUACCUUUGUAAAGUGAACAUACCUAUACUAGUCAUAAUUAAGUAUUCAAUUGCAGUAGAUAUUGUGAAUAUAUUAAAGGGCCAGGUGAGUUUGCUGUUACUGAUUAAAACUGUAGUCUUAAUUUAGAUAUCAAACUAAGUUUACUCUUGGCUGUUUGCCUGUUAGUGUAGCCUUUAAAUUGGACUUCUGUAUUCCAGUGGUAUGACUAAAAGGACUAGAUUAUUAUGCAUGCCAUGGUUUUCCUCUCUCUGUUCCCUGUAACUUGGUUUUCAACCUCAUUGUGAAAUUUCCUAAUUUGUGGUGAACUGGGCUUGUUUUCUUUGAACACUUUUUAAUUAGAAAAAACAUAGCAAGCUAGAGAAGACUGUUGCAUAAGCCUUUUGAUUUCAUAAUUGUAUUUAUGCUGCUUUAAUUUUCUUCAUAUGGAAUAGCAUAUUGUCACCAUGAAUGUGACCUACAAGGUAAUGUCAACAAAGCCGCUUUAAAAAUUGGAUGAUGAUGUGUAGCAUAUUAGCAAUAAUGAUAUGUAUUUAUAAAAAUUGACUUUUUACCUUACUGAGCCAAUCCCUUACCCAUCAUAUGCUACACAAGUGUAAUGUGUAGGUAUUUGUUGUAAAACAUACUCUGGCCCAAGAUGCUUCAUCCACCUUAAUAUCUCUUUUACCUUAUGGUGACAUGGAACUUUUUUAAUGGGCAUUUCUGUAUGAACAAAGGCUUGUGAUGCAUGCUUAAUUCUUUUCAUGUGAAUCAGGAAGAAGCUUUUCCUGAGGAAAGCUUUACACUGAAACCUAGUCUAGUUGUGACCCACAAAAGCAUUCUUUUUUAAAUAUAGUUUUUGACAUAGUUGAAUUUUACUGACAAUGUUUGUGUCUUCAUUUGUUUCAUGAAGUUUGUUGCCACUCAUUGCACUACUGAAGUGAAGCUUAGCUUGCUACUUAGCUUUAUGCUGACUUCUAUGCAGGCAAUGGAACAGAACCAAAAAAAAAGGCUGAACAGACUUCCGUUUAAAAAACUAGGUGGGGAUAAUUGUUUAACAGGUGCUUUGGUAUUAGUAGAGCCAUCUUUGGCUGUGAAAAAUAAAGCUUCACUUAAGCAAAUGGUUUCAUUUGGGUAUUGUUUGGUUGAUGAUGAAAUGGAAACCAACAUGUCAAAUGUUGUAGACAAUGCUGCAACAGAAGUUUUAAAAGUUAUAAACAGCUUAUGUAAAAAGUUAUGUUGAUUUACAGAUGUGUAGAAUACACCUUGUUUAUUUAAAAUAAUUGUAUUGUUUUUUCCUUUAUUUAAAAAUAAAUUUUUAAUACAAUC